UAAUAUUAAAGUAAUUAAAAAAUUUCCUUUUAAAAUUUAUCGUUACGUUUUUAUGUAACUUUGUACCUAUCAUCACUUUAUUUUUAUAAUUUUUUUCCAAAUUAACAUAUACUAAAUUACUAUAAAAUAAAAAUAUAUUUACUCAUCUAAGAUGAACAACCAAAAACUAAUACAAUGAAUAUAAAUAGUUAUAUUUUAAUUUGACAGAAUAUAUGUAACACAACCCACAAAAUGAGUAACUAGACCAAUCAAUUUUUUAUUCAAAAUCAAACAUUAAAUUAAAAAUAAUAUAUUUUUACUUACAGUAAUAUUUGUAUAUAUAUAAAUUAUAGAACGGCUCAACAUAUUAUAAAUAAAUAUUAAAUUUUCAAAUAAUAUUAUAUAUAUAUUAACCAACUAUUACAAUUAAAUAUUUUGCAUAACUUUUAUAUAUAUAUGCAUAAGGUUUCAAAGAACUGUCAUUAUUAUAUUUAUCUAUGUAACUUUGAAUCGUUAACACUUUAGUUUACUUUUACUAUUUAAUUCUCAAAAUAACAUUUAUUAAAUUAUACAUAAUUUUACUAAAAUUUGUUUACAAAUCUAAGACAAGAAUCAAACUACAUCAAAAUAACAAAAUUAAUCAAAAUUUUAAGUUGUACAACAAAAAUAUUAUGGUUGAAUCGAAAAAUUAAAUGGUAUCUUAUAUAUCCAAAUAAUAAUCAAACAUUCGAGAUAUUAUAUAUCCAAAAUUAUACGUCUAAUUAAAAUAACAUAAUUUUAUUUAAAACCAUUCAUAUUGAUUAUCAUAUAAAUAAUAAAAUAAUUAAAGUUAAAAAUAAAAUAUUAAUAAAUUAUUGUAACGUAUAAUAUUUAUACACGUGCAUGAGCACAUGAAAAUCACUUAGUAAAAUAGAUAAAUAGGCAUUUAGAACCACAAUUUUGUUUCCUUCCUCUUUUUUUUUUCUUUCUUUCUUAUAUUAUAUACGAAGAGAAGAAUUAGAAUAUGAUUAUUUUUUCUUAUGUUAUGUUAUUCAACUAAUAAAAAUGUUGAAUAUUGGCUACUGAUAUUUAGUGUGAUUUGGACAGAAUAUUAGUCUAUAAAAUUCGAUAAAAAAUAAAGAACUAAUCAAUUUUUUUAACAAAAACUGAUUAACAAAAACUUCUGUUUGCCAGAUUAUUAUAACCUAAUCAAGCCACUACAUAAAUGAAUGUGUGCGAGGAAGGGAAAUUGGCCUUGCGCAGAUGGGCCAUUUUUUAAUAACAGAAUCAUAGGGAACAGUUGUCACUGAACUCUUUUCAAUUUCACAAAAAUCUUAGCCUCGCUCUCUUGCUUCCCGUCGAAUCUCCUUCCCCAAUAUUCGCCGGUGAUGAGCAUAAUCCGAAAAUCACAGGCGGCGAGAGUUACGAGUGAUGCAAGACGAAGAAUGGCUGAAGGAUAUUAUUAAUAUUCCUGAUGCGGAGAGAAUCGGAGUCCGCUUCUCGGCUGAGACAAAUUAUCUCCGAUAUGCUUCCUCUCUUCUCUGAACAGCACUCCGAAGACGACAUCCUCGCUGUGACUUUGUGUUGAGAUUUAUGGAUUUGUGGUAUCUACUGAUGAUGAAUUAGUUUGUUUCAAGAGUAUAUUACGGUGAUUUUUUGUAACGGCGAGAGUCAAAGGCAUGCACAAGACUACUUGGAGGCAUUUCUUGGGGAGCGAUCUGGAGAAUUUGUUGCAUGCUUAUGGAAGCUUUUUUUGAAGGACAUUACUCAAGGUAAAAGAGAAACUUAUGCUUCUAAACCUAGGACUGGUGUUGAAUUUGGUUCUCAUGAUACUCUAAUCGAACAAGGUUCAAGCUCCCGAAGUCAUUGUGACUAUGUUCACAAAGCUACUACUCUUACUUAUCGGAUGAACGUAAUACAAAGACAUUUUCAUAUGUGUGAAUGCUGAACCAGUUUCUUGGGUAUAUAGUAUCAUUGUGGAUAGAUUUGUAGGAAAAUAUGGUACCAUCUACUGCUCUAUAAGACGUUGAGGAUCAUGUGUCACCAAAAGCUAAAAGCAUGAAAAUGUUACAACAAGAGCUCAUUAAUAACCCUUGUAAAAGGACACAACCUAAACUGAGAGAGGAUCAGAGCUUGUCUGAUGUUAAUUACUCUAGAAAAGUACUCUGCUCUGUUAUCGUUUCCGCCACUAAGCAACCAUGUUGUAAGAAUCCUGAUAGAUAUGAAAAGUUUGUUGAUGAAGGGAACAAGAUGCAGAAGCGUCUAUACUUUCCCAAAAGAGAAGUAAGGCAAUCAUAUUUUUCAUAUGUCCCUUCAGGAGGAGCUGUGUAUGCAAGAUCUCAUGAGGCAGCUUCGAGCCAGGAAAUGAUGCUUCAUGUUAGUGUUUGGGAUCGGUUGGGGCAACCAGGCGACCAAAAAUACCAUAUAUUGUCUAAGGUUAGACUUAAUCUAGAUGAAAACAGAACGCCUAAGCAGCUUGGACGCGCAUUUUCUGCAGCAUAUAUUGAACAGCAUAAUGAGACGUUUCAGAGAGAAGUUCCUGCAGUCGUUUACAUGCACAGAGUUCUCCCACCCCUUGAAGCUAGGAAACCCAAGAGUGGAACUAUUACAUACACUGAACCUCAUAUCAUGCAUAACUUCAGCAAAAAGAGGCGAUAUGGCAUCAUCAACCCUAAUUCCGUAGAUGCUUCAGUUGGUGAUCUUAGCAGUGUUCUUCAGUAUAAGCAAGCUAAACAGGAUGUUGAAAAGCCAAGCCUGCUCUCCUCUCAGUCCAAAAAGCCGGAUAUUUUUUCAGAAAUAGUGAAUAUGAAACAGAAGCUGCAACAACUAGAUAACCAAAUUAAUCAAGCGAAGCAUUUGAAGAAACAAAAAUUUGGAGAACUCAAAGGUUCAGUACAAUCUGGCGAGUUGCAGCAAAAACAUGAUGACACAGAAUCAAGCAUCAUACAUGUUACCAAUGUAAACUAUGCGGCAAGUAAAGAAGUUAUAUCAAUGUUGUUCAGCAAGUGUGGAGCUGUCAAAAACAUUACAAUUGUAACUGAUCCAGCUGCUUUUGUGACGUUUGCUACAAAGGAGUCAGUUAACAAAGCAAUAGCUCUGAGCGGCACAAUGUUCUUUUCAAGACCAAUCAAGGUCCACUUCAGUUCUUCUAUGUGUCUUGAUCCAUAUUCCGACACUAACUUAUUUGUUUUCCAACUGUACCAAGUUUUGGGAGUCACACAUGAUAAUGUCUGGAGUAGUGACUGGGGCACUACAGGUAGUCAUUGGAAGUUAAACCAACAAAAACAUUGUGGUAGGGUAAUACAUAAAGGGCCUGACUGGUUUAAACGCAACGGUUGCGGUUGCGGGAGUUUGUGGAUGCGGGCGGUUGCGGUUUCUAGCGGUUUUAAGAGAUUUGUACGACUGGGAACGACAAGUGUUGAUCUUUCAUUAGCUAGCAUGAGCUCGUCGUAUGAGGCAGCGCGUUGCCGCUUUAACGCAAAACAGUACUCUUUUCUUACUCACGCUUGUUUUCCUUUUCAGACAAUUAUUAUUAAAUUGCCUAAACAGCAACUUUUAUUUUGUAACGCUCCAACCUCUCAAACUCGUUCGUUUCUAUUAAAGAAAAAAAGGAAGAAAAAUCUCGUAUUUUGAUGAAAGUUUACAGAUGGAAUAAAAUCAGGUAAGCGUUUUUUGUUUGAAAACAGGUGGCUUAUGUUUUUCACAACCGUUACUUUUAUCCUCUUCUUCUACAGGCUAGUUUUUGGAUUCCUUAGCAACAAAAUUAAUAUAUUUUGUGAAAGAUUUUGACAAGUGAGUUACGUAACUUAAUUGUUUUCAAGUAUAAAUCCAAUGUUAUCUUUAAUUGCCAAAAUUUAAACAGUUUUAUAUUGUUAAUGGUUUUAAAUUGUGGUUAAAGAAUCUUUUGUAAGAAAAAUAAUACAUAAUUUUAAUAUAAUAUUUUUGAAACAAAAAUGAUAAAUUAUUUUAAAAUAAAAAUGAUAAAUAAUUUUAAAAUAUAAAUGAUACAUAAUUUUAAUCCAAGUUAAACUCUGACAUUUCAGUUUUAUAAGUGUUUUCGAUUAUGUUGAUUUUCUUAAAUAUUAGUAAUAUUCAAUGUAGUUUAAUCUAAUGUCAAAAACUAAUGUGUUAUUUAGAAUAUUUUAAUAAAUAAUUUAUAUAAUGUAAAUAUAUUUCAAGUAUAAAUACAAGAUUAUUUGAAAUGUCAAAAUUGAUAAUUUUCAACAAUUAAGUGUUGUUAACUAUUUACCGUUUAGUUAAACGAUCUUUUAUAGUAAGAAUGAAUGAUAACUUUAACAUAAUGGUUAUUUUGUUCGUUGUAUCUUAACUAUGUUUUCAGUUUUAACUGUGUUUAUAGUUUGCUGAUUUUGAAAAAUGUGUAAUAUUCAUUAUAGUUUAAUAUAAUGUCAAAAUUAACGUGCUAUUCAAAAAAUAUUAAAACAUUAUCUAUUAAUAAAUUACAUAUGUGUAAAAUUUGAUGAUUUGAAAAUUUUAUGAUGUAAACAUAGUUAGGUUAUAUUUUAUAAGUAAAAUGGCUCAUAACUAUAGAAACAUUAUUUUGCGUUUUGUUUUUAAGAAUACUUUCAAUUUUAAUGUAUUUAUAUUUUUCGGAUUUUUAGAUAUUAGUAAUUUUCAUUGUAAUAUUUUGCCUUUUUUUAAGAAUAUUUUUAAUUUUAAUGUAUUUAAUAUUUUGCAAAUUUUUAGAUAUUAGUAAUUUUCAUCGUAAUUAGUAAAACGACAAACUAGCAAGUUAUUUGUGUCAUUUGGAAAGUAUUAAUGUUUUUUUGUUAACGAUUUAACAUCUUGUCAUAAAGGAUCAUAUCGACAAGUUAGUGUUGUUAACGGUUUACCGUUGACGUUAGAAUAUAUUUUAUAACUGAACGGUUAAUAACUUUAUAAUGAUUAUUUUUGUCUUUUAUUUUACGAAUGUUUUCAAUUUUUAUGCAUUUAUAUAUUGAUGAUUUGUAUAUACUAAAAAUAUUCAGCGCCGUUUAGUAAUAACGACAAAACAAACGUAAACGACAAAACAAAUGUGUCAUUUGGAAAAUAUUAAUAAUAAUUUUGUUAAGGAUUUAACAUUGUGUAAAAAAGAUCAUCUCGAAAAUAUCAUGUUGUUAACGGUUUACAUCAAGUUAUUUGUGUUUUUUUUGGAAAGUAUUAAUGAUUUUUUUGUUAACGAUUUAACAUCGUGUCAUAAAGGAUCAUCUCGACAAGUUAAUGUUGUUAACGGUUUAACGUUGUCAUUAGAAUAUCUUUUAUAAUUAAGCGGUUCAUAACUUUAUAAUGAUUAUUUUUGUCUUUUGUUUUACCAAUAUUUUCAAUAUAUCAAUAAUUUGUAUAUACUAAAAAUAUUCAGCUUCGUUUAGAAAUAACGAAAAAACAAACGUAAACGACAAAACAAACAUGUUAUUUAGAAAGUAUUAAUAAUAUUUUUGUUAGGGAUUUAACAUUGUAAAAGAAGAUCAUCUCGAAACUUUUAUGCUGUUAACGGUUUACCGUCGUUGUUAGAAAAUAUUUUAUAAUCAAACGGUUCAUAACUUUAUAAUGAUUAUUUUGUUUUUUGUUUUAUGAAUGUUUUAAUUUUUAUGCAUUUAUAUAUCGAUGAUUUGUAUAUACUAAUAGUAUUCAGCGUCGUUUAGUAAUAACGACAAAACAAACGCAGACGACAAAACAAACAUGUUAUUUGGAAAUCAUUAAUAAUAUUUUUGUUAAUGAUUUAACAUUGUGUCAGAAAAGAUCGUCCCGAAAAUAUUAUGUUGUUAACUGUUGGUUUUUCGUUGUCGUUGGAAUAUCUUUUAUAAUUAAACGGUUCAUAACUUUAUAAUGGUUAUUUUGUCAUUUGUUUUAAGAAUGUUUUCCAACUUUUAUGCAUUUAUAUGUCGAUGAUUUGUAUAUAUUAAUAGUAUUCAGUGUCGUUUAGGAAUAACGACAAAACAAACGUGUUAUUUGGAAAGUAUUAAUAAUAUUUUUGUUAACGGUAUAACAUUGUGUCAGAAAAUAUCAUCUCGGCAAAAUUUUGUUGCUAACGGUUUACCGUUAUCGUUUGAAUAUCUUUUUUAAUUAAACGGUCCAUAAUUUUGUAAUGAUUAUUUUUGUAUUUUGUUUUAAGAAUGUUUUUCAACUUUUAUACAUUUAUAUGUUGAUGAUUUGUAUAUACUAAUCAGCAUCGUUUAGUAAUAAUGACAAAACAAACGUGUUAUUUGGAAAGUAGCAAUAAUAUUUGGUUAACGAUCUAACAUUAUGUCAGAAAGGAUCACAUCUCGACAAUUUUAUGUUGUUACCGGUUUACCAGUUUCGUUAAAAUAUAUUUUAUAAUUAAACGGUUCAUAACUUUAUAAUGAUUAUUUUUUUCUUUUGUUUUAAGAAUGUUUUUUGCAUUUAUAUGUUGAUUAUUUGUAUAUACUUAUAAUACUUAGCAUCAUAUAGUAAUAACGACAAAAAUGUGUUAUUUAAAAAAUAUUAAUAUUUUUUUGUUGACGAUUUAAUAUUGUGUUAGAAAGGAUCAUCUCAACAAUUUUAUGUUGAUGACGGUUUACAGUUGUCGUUAGAAUAUAUUUUAUAAGUAAAUGGUUCAUAACUUUGUAAUGAUUUUUGUUGUCAUUUGUUUUAAGAAUAUUUUUCAACUUUUAUGCAUUUAUAUUUAGAUGAUUUGUAUAUACUAAUAAUAUUAAGUGUCAUUUAGUAAUAAAAAAAUGUUCUAUUUGGAAAGUAUUAAUUAUUUUUUGUUAACGUUUUAACAUUGUAUCAGAAAGGAUUGUCUCGAAACUUUUAUGUUGUUAACGGUUUACCGUUGUCGUUAGAAUAUAUUUUAUAAUUAAUUCAUAAUUUUAUAAUGAUUACUUUUUUCUUUUGUUUUAAAAAUGUUUUUAAACUUUUAUGCAUUUAUAUGUAGAUGUUUUUUAUAUACUAAUAAUAUUCCGCAUUGUUUAGUAAUAACGACAAAAUAAAUGUAUUAUUUGAAAAGUAUUAAUAAUUUUUUUGUUAACAAUUUAACAUUGUGUUAGAAAGGAUCAUCUCAACAAUUUUAUGUUGUUAACGGUAAACCGUUGUUGUUAGAAUAUCUUUUAUAGUUAAACGGUUCGUAAUUGGUAAUGAUUUGUUUCUUUUUUUUUAAGAAUGUUUAUCAACUUUUAUGCAUUUAUAUGAAGAUGAUUUGUAUAUACUAAUCAGCGUUGUUUAGUAAUAACAAAAAAACAUGUUAUUUGGAAAGUAUUAAUAAAGGCUUUUGUUAACGGCUUAUCAUUGUGUCAAAAUGGAUGAUCUUGAAAAUUUUAUGUUUUUAAUGGUUUACUUAGGCUGGAGAUAAAAUUUGUAACCGAAAUCCAAACCGAACUAGAAUGGGUCUUGUAAGACGUUACAAAACAUAUCCAAACCUGAUGUGUUAUUAGUUGAAAUCGAACAGGUAACCUAAGAAACUCGAAAAAACGAAAACCGUGAAAAAAAUCUGAAGAAAGAGAUCUAAGUGUCCAAAUUAAUAUGCAAUAUAAAUAUUUGAAACAUAUAUAUGUAUUUAAAAUAUCCAAUUCAGAUUUAUUUUGAUAUAAUAUCUAGAAAUAAAUAUUUAAAUUUUAAAUAGGUACCUUAAAUACCUAAUUAUAUAUAAAUAAGUAUUUAUUUCCUAUGUUUUGCGCUUAAAUUUUAGAAUUUACUUUGGGUAUAUCCAGACGAACCAACACAACCCGAAUCCAAACGAAAUAUGGUUACUUUGUAGGUUUUAGGAUGUGAUAUAAAUUAGAACUGAAACCAAUGUAUUAUAUCCGAACCCUACCUGUACUUGAAAAUUUAGUAGAAUGAAACUUAGGAUGUGAUACAAAUUAAAAUUGAAUGCAAAUUAUCAUAUCCAACCUCGACAGGUAUGGGAAGGCCCAUGCCUAGGUUUACGGUGGUCAUAAGAAUAUAUUUUAUAACAAAAUUCCGUAUAAUUUAUAUUAUAUUUAUUAAAUAAAUAGUAUGUAAAAAUUGAUUCAUAGUUAUAGCAUAUGAUUAGGGGUGGAAAAUUAACCGAAGCGAAAGCCCAAACUUAACUCGAACUAAGAGAAAUAAAUACAAACCAAACCAAAUCUGGCAUAAAAUACUGAAUAAAACUUGUUUUAUGGUAUUUUAGGUUAUGAGUUUAUCCGAACCCAAAUAAAUAUCUGAAAACCCUCAAAAAAAUUCAUAACUCCAGAAAAUAUGCAUACCAAACCCAAAGAGAAUCCUGAAUAAGAAUCCAAAAUACUUAGAAAUUUUAUUGGAUAAAAUAAGUAUAUGUUACAUGAAUAAUUAUUCCAAAUCUUAGUUUAAUAUAUUUUUUUAUUUCGUGUUCUUCCUUCUUAUCUAUAGUCGAGAUUUAUCGGGUUCAAUAUAUUUUAGCUUUGGGUUUAUCGAAUAUGAUGGGGUUUGCAUAAUAUUUGAGCUUUGUUCUCUAAUUUCAUUUUAUUUUAGUCUCUAAUUUCACUUGUUAAUAAAAUAGAACAAAAAAAAUAUUUGUUGGUCAAAUGAGAAAAUAACCACGCUAGUUAAAUUAUACUUGAGUGGUGCAUCUAUUUAAUUCUGCUCACACUAUACCAAAUCCAUACCGCUUUUAUGUUUUCAAUCUUAAAGCGUAGUUUUCUAAAUCCUAUGACGAUUCUUAUCAUUAUCAGUAUGCAUCAAUUUUCUUGCAUCAUCACAAAAAUAAAUGUGAAAUGGUAUUACUGAAUUAGAAAAAUAUUGCAACAUGAAUGCAUCAUAAUCCCCUAUAUAUUAAUAGAGAAAUAUUAAAAAAGUUAUAACAUGUAGUUCGUACUAAAUAAAAAAAAAUAUUUUGUUGAGUUGUCACGUAAUUGAAAUGUUAAUUUUGCUUAUGUGGCGGCUUGAAAAUCAAUUGAAAAUUUUUUUAAUCCAAAAUUAAGUUAUUAAAGAAUGUUAUAUUAUAUAGUAUGUCCAUUAUGGACCAUUCAUUUAUCAAAUUGAAAUUAUUAUAUAUUAUUUCCUUAAAUAAAACCUACGAAAUUACCUAAUGUGAUUAAAAUAUAUAUGACAAUUAAUGAUUUUAAAUAAUAAAGGUUUUUGUUAAUAAUCUGUAUAAUUUCUAUCAUUUUUGUUUAAUUGUUUAUUAUUAAAAUAAAUUACACAAUUACAUUAAUCAUAUAAUAAAAAUGUAAAUUUUUUGUAUAUGUUGUAUUUUGAAUUUUUUAAAACGAGAAUAAAUUCCUAAAACUGUUAAAGUCUUACAUAAACUUUUGUGAUCAAGGUUUAAAUUUUUUUUCAAUAAUAAGAUACAGUAAUUAUAAAAUCAUAUCAAUAAAUAAAUUUAUUUUAAUAGGUGUUUAUGUUAUAAUAUAUAUAUAUAUUUCAUAUCGUUUUAAUUAAACUAUACAAUAUGAAAAUACAUACUUAUAUUUUGAUAUUUGCGUUGAACAUAUAUUGAAAAGUUAAUAUUUUAAUUUUAAAAUCUUCAUUAUUUUUUAAAAAUGAUUAUAAAUGAUUGAAACAACUAGACAUUCCAUAUUAAAAGAAAUUGUUGGUGUAAAAUUUUGUUACACAUAUAUGCAAAUAAUCAUAAAAUAAUUUGAGUAGAAACCUCAUUCAAAAAAUAUUCAUAUUAAAAGUAUAUUAUAUAUCUAUGUUAAUAACAUUUAAAUUUAAUUAUAUAUCAUAUACGAUAGAUAAAAUUGAUUGUUUUGCUAUAUUUAUGCUAAAAUGAUUGCGACUAAACAAAAGCAGUCGUUUAAUUUAUAUCCGCACGCCAAUUUAUUACAUAAUAGUAACUUAUUUAUUAGUUAUUUAAUAUAGAAUUAUUAUUUUAUGAUUUCAUAGUAUGCAAAAAACAUAAAAAAUAAAUAUAAAAUAUUUAUUCUGCACAAGAAACGAAUCUUAACCUAAGUAUAUAUCUCUUUAAUAAUUUUAAAUCUUAAAUAUUUUCUAAAUCUUAGGCCAAAACAAAAUAACAAAAUGAGAAUAAACUCAAAAAUCAAUAUUUAUAUCGAACAAUAACCAAAAUGAAAAAAUCGACACAAUAAUGAAAAAAAUAUUGAAGAUAGAUAGGAUUGGCAUGUGAACGUAAACUUCUUAUAACCAUAAUUAACUUUUAAAUUGCUAAAUCAUGAUUUAAAACCCAGCUUACACAGUUUCAUUGUAACCAAAUAGUAGGCCUGAGAUUCUUCAACCUAAACUUUAGGUUCUUAUGCGAUAUAUGUUUUUUUGACUUAAAAUAUUUUUAAAAAUGGGAUCAGCUCAUCAGUAAAAAAAUUAUAUAAUUA